GCUUCCAUACACUCCUCUCCCUCUCAACCCUCACCUCCUCCCCACCUUGCUCCACGCCCACGCCGCCAAGUCUUUGAAAUUAAAAAAAAAAUGUCUUGGCUCUUCAAGUCCAACCACCAAUCCACUCGUCUUUGUUGCCACAAGCCACUGCCGAUCGCCACGGCGUCAAGGACGACAUAUUGCAUAUUUUUUGCGGUGUCGCCAACUUCCUCGCUCCGCCGCCGUCAUCUUCCUCUUCUUCUUCUUCUUCUUCUUCUUCUUCUUCUUCUUCUUCUUCCUCUGCCUCCGCCGGUGAUUCCUCCUCCUCGCAAGCUCUGACCGGAAUCCGGAACGAUCUCGUGGAGAUCGGUGGAAGCUUCAAGAACUCUCUCUGGCACAUUUCCUCGAACAAAGCCAUCACCGAAAUCUCCAAGUUCGCUUCUCAGUUGUUGCAGUUGGAGCCUGAUCAACAACGGAGCAACAAUGACGACGCGGUGCUUGGAACCACGAAAGAUAUUGUUCAUUUUGUGAAGGAGAUUUUUGCGCGACCUUAGUGUUGGACCAAAUUCCCCUUGCCGCUCCAUAAUGGCUCAAAGUGCUUUGGAAACAACUCAGUCCUUCUAUGAUUCGGGCAACUUCUCAAAAUCUUUGGAAUACAUUGAUAAAGUUGUUCUUGUUUUUUCUUCAACUUGCAAUAAGGCUAAGCUUCUUAAAGUGAAAGUGUUAAUUGCUGAUAAAGAGUAUGAGAAUGCUAUUGCCGAGUCUGGUUUUCUUCUUAAGGAAGAUGAAAAUAAUUUAGAGGCAUUUUUGUUACGUGGUCGUGCACAUUACUAUUUAGCUGAUCAUGAUGUUGCCACGAGGCAUUUUCAUAAAGGUCUCCGCCUAGAUCCAGAGCAUAGUGAACUAAAAAAGGCAUAUUUUGGAUUGAAAAAUCUACUCAAAAAGAGUAAAAGUGCUAAAGAUAAUGCUAGUAAGGGUAAACUACGCAUGGCAGUGGAGGAAUUCAAAGCUGCACUUGCUGUUGACCCUAUACAUCUUGCACACAAUGUACAUCUUCAUCUUGGCUUAUGUAAAGUGCUAGUCAAGCUUGGCAGAGGAAAAGAUGCCUUGGACAGUUGUAGUGAAGCUUUUAAGAUUGAUGAGGAGCUUGUGGAAGCUCUUGUUCAGAGUGGAGAAGCUAAACUCUUAACAGAAGAUUGGGAGGGAGCUAUGGAGGAUCUGAGAUCAGCUGCUCAAAAAUCGCCUUAG